AUGAACAACGGACGAUAUCUCGGUCAAGGCCUUUGCAAAGGAAGUUUGGCUCGUGCCGGUAAGGUCAAGACCGCCACACCAAAGGUCGACAAGCAAGAGAAGCCCAAGCAGCCCAAGGGCCGUGCCCGCAAGCGAUUGGUCUACACCCGCCGUUUCGUCAACGUCACCUUGACCGGUGGCAAGCGCAAGAUGAACCCUAGCCCCAGCUCAUAG